AUGGUAAAUGAGAAGGGAAUUCAUGUCGACCCGGCUAAGUAUGAAGCGAUAAACAACUGGGAAGCGCCUAGGACCCCUACUGAGAUACGACAGUUUCUGAGAUUUGCGGGAUAUUAUACACGAUUCAUAGAGAACUUUUCAAAAAUUGCUCAACCGCUAACAUCCCUAACGCAAAAGGACAAGAAAUUUGAUUGGGGCGAGAAACAAGAGGCGGUUUUUCAGCUAGUGAAAGAUAAACUUUGUGACGCGCCUAUUUUAUCCUUACUCGACGGUACCGAUAAUUUCAUGGUCUAUUGUGAUGCAUCGCAUUAA